AGAGGGAACCGAGGCUAGAGGGAGGGCCAGUCUGCCCAAGGUCAGGGGCAGCGGCAGUUUCUGGGCGCCAAGUGUGGUUGGAGUCCUCCAGGAAGAGGGGCGUGACCAGAGCUCUAGUGAAGAGCCCUGACAUUGUAAAGCUAGGUUUGGCUUCUGAUUUCCCCAAGGGGUUUGAGAAUGGGACCAGGGUGCUUUUAGAGGCACCGGUAGGCUUUCCCUGAGGAGGGUAAUCAGGGCAUGAUGGUCGGCUCAGUGGUUAUUUCCUGGGCAGGGGUGACUGUUAUUUCAGCUCCCAGCACUGGAGCGCUCGGCCCCUGCCGCACUGGAUGCCAGCAGUUACUAAAAGUGAGCCUGGCAUUUCAGCUGCCUUGAGGUGCAGUGUUGGGGGUCCAGAGCCAUGUCGGACUUGCUACUACUGGGCCUGAUUGGGGGCCUGACUCUCUUACUGCUGCUGACGCUGCUGGCCUUUGCCGGGUACUCAGGGCUACUGGCUAGGGUGGAAGUGAGUGCUGGGUCACCCCCCAUCCGCAACGUCACUGUGGCCUACAAGUUCCACAUGGGGCCCUAUGGUGAGACUGGGCGGCUUUUCACCGAGAGCUGCAGCAUCUCUCCCAAGCUCCGCUCCAUCGCUGUCUACUAUGACAACCCCCACAUGGUGCCCCCUGAUAAGUGCCGAUGUGCCGUGGGCAGCAUCCUGAGUGAAGGUGAGGAAUCGCCCUCCCCUGAGCUCAUCGACCUCUACCAGAAAUUUGGCUUCAAGGUGUUCUCCUUCCCGGCACCCAGCCAUGUGGUGACAGCCACCUUCCCCUACACCACCAUCCUGUCCAUCUGGCUGGCUACCCGCCGUGUCCAUCCUGCCUUGGACACCUACAUCAAGGAGCGGAAGCUGUGUGCCUAUCCUCGGCUGGAGAUCUACCAGGAAGACCAGAUCCAUUUCAUGUGCCCACUGGCACGGCAGGGAGACUUCUAUGUGCCUGAGGUGAAGGAGACAGAGCGGAAAUGGCGGGGGCUUGUGGAGGCCAUUGACACCCAGGUGGAUGGCACAGGAGCUGACACAAUGAGUGACACGAGUUCUGUAAGCUUGGAAGUGAGCCCUGGCAGCCGGGAGACUUCAGUUGCCACACUGUCACCUGGGGCGAGCAGCCGUGGCUGGGAUGACGGUGACACCCGCAGCGAGCACAGCUACAGCGAGUCAGGCGCCAGCGCCAGCGGCUCCUCUUUUGAGGAGCUGGACUUGGAGGGCGAGGGGCCCUUAGGGGAGUCACAGCUGGACCCUGAGGCUGAGCCCCUGGGGACUACCAAGUGGCCCUGGGAGCCCAGUGCCCCUGAGAAGGGCAAGGAGUAACCCAUGGCCUGCACCCUCCUGCAGUGCAGUUGCUGAGGAACUGAGCAGACUCUCCAGCCCUCUUCCUCCUUCCUCUGGGGGAGGAGGGGUUCCUGAGGGACCUGACUUCCCCUGCUCCAGGCCUCUUGCUAAGCCUUCUCCUCACUGCCCUUUAGGCUCCCAGGGCCAGAGGAGCCAGGGACUAUUCUCUGCACCAGCCCCCAUGGCUGCCGCCCCUGUUGUGUCUUUUUUUCAGACUCACAUCGGAGCUUCCAGGACCCAGAAUAAAGCCAAUGAUUGACUUGUUUCACCUGGA